UCAUCCAUCUGAAACUGCUUGCAUCUGAAACAUGGCUGAGGCUGUUGUUUCUUUUCUGGUGGAAAGAGUUGGUGACUUCAUCAUUCAAGAAGGCAGAUCAUUGUCUGGAGUUGGUGAUCAAAUUAGGCGGGCAUAUACAGACCUAAUAUUCAUCAGGGGCUUCCUCAAAGAUGCAGACUCAAAGCAACGAGAAAGUGAGACCAUACGCAUUUUUGUUGCCAAAACUAGAGAUGCUGCUUAUGAUUUGGAGGAUGUGAUUGCAACUUUUGUCUUGAAGGUGGAUUCCAGGAGAAUAGGAGGCGUAAAGAAUGUGUUGAAGAGGUUUGGGUGCAUCUUCAUAGAAGGAGUUCGUCGUCACAGAAUUGGAAAACAAAUUGGGGUAAUUACAGACACGAUUUCUCAUUUGAAGCAAAAUGUGGAAACUUAUGACCUGAGAGGUCUAACAAACAGUGGAGGCGCCGCUUCAAUCCACUCACAGGAUCAGAGGCAACAACAAUUGAGGCGUACUUACUCUCAUGUUAUUGAACGCAAUGUUGUUGGGCAAGAAGACAGCGUGGAUGAAGUGGUUGGGCAUCUGGUGAAGGAAGAACAUCGCCAUCGAGUUGUUUCUAUUUGGGGGAUGGGCGGGUCUGGGAAGAGCACUCUUGCCAGACAAGUUUAUCAUCAUAAAGAUGUCAAGCAGCAUUUUGACUGUUGUGCUUGGGUGUGCAUCUCACAACAAUAUCAAGUAAGGGAUGUAUUGGAGAGUAUUUAUAUCAAACUUAUUUCCGCUUCAAAAGAGCAGAGAAAAGAAAUUGCAAAACUGAAGGAUGAUGAAAUACCGGGGAGGCUUUCUAGAGUUCAGAAUGAAAGACACUGUCUAAUAGUUCUUGAUGACAUUUGGAAAACGGAGACUUGGGACUUUUUGAAGGCUGCAUUUGAAUGUGAUGAAGACUCAAAGAGCCGAAUACUGCUUACCACGCGCAACGAAAAAAUAGCUUUGCAUGCUGAUAAGAACAGUUUCCAAUACCGUCCUCCAAAGCUAGAUGAGACUCAAAGUUGGGAGUUAUUUGAGAAGAUUGCAUUGCGUGAAAGAAGGAAUGCUCAAAUAGAUUCGGAAGAUUACAAGAAGAUUGAGAAAUUAGGAAGAGAGAUGGUUCAACAUUGUGCGGGUCUGCCACUAGCUGUCAUUGUACUUGCUGGACUUCUUACUGGAAAGAACACAGUCAAAGAUUGGGAAACCGUACAAAAAAAUGUUGGUGUUUACAUAUGUAGAGGUUUUGGCCGCCCGGAAGAAGAACAUGCAUAUGUGUCAUGGGUAUUGGCGUUGAGUUAUGAUGACUUACCAUAUCACUUGAAACCAUGUUUUCUAUAUUUAGGGAAAUUUCCAGAGGAUCAUGAGAUUAAGGUGAAGAAUUUGGCCAAAUUAUGGAUUGCAGAAGGUUUUAUCUCUUUGACACAACAACAACACUGUUUAGGAGAAACAAUGGAGGAUGUGGCCUAUAAUUGGUUCAAUGAGUUGGUAGAAAGAUGUUUGAUUCAAGUGGGGAGAGAAUGUUCAAUUUUCAGGCUAAUCAGAACUUGCAAGAUGCACGAUCUUUUGCGAGAUUUGUGUUCAUUGAAGGCGGAAGAGGAAAAUUUUUUCCGAGUUGUCAAAGAUUCCAAUAAGAAUGUAACGCCACAUCCUUUUUCUUCUUCCAUGGCAACUAAUGCAUCACCAAUGGGUAAGAUUCGAAGACUUGCCAUCUACUUGGAUGAGAAUGAUGAGAAAUUGGUACCUUCAAGAGACGAAAGAGGUGUUCAGGUGAGAUCUCUGUUAUAUUUUGGCCCCAACGAUUAUGAGUGGUUUCCUAAACACAAAAAAUUAAUACCUACCAUGUUCAGGGGUUUCAAAUUACUAAGAGUAUUGAGGGUUGAAGGUAUGGAUAGUGGGGAAGGAGCGAUAGCGCUGCCUAGUGAAAUAGGAAACAUGAUCCACUUAAGGUAUCUAAGUCUGAGGAAUAGUCGUGUAAAAUUUUUUCCUCGAUUUCUAGGUAAGUUAGUUUGUCUGCAGACUCUUGAUUUUCGUGUUUCAAAUGACGUCUGCAUACUUUUUUCAAAUGUGAUACGGAAGAUGACUGGGUUAAGACAUUUAUAUCUUCCCUUUCAAUAUUGUGUGCCAAUGGGUAAACUGCAGCUGUCUACUCUGGUUAAUCUACAAACUUUAGUUGGUGUCUCAAGUGAAUACAGUGAUUUGAAUGAUUUGUGUAAACUAGUAAAUCUCAGGAAAUUGAAAAUAAGAUGGUCAUCAAUGACAUCGAAAACUCUAGAGAAAAUCUUGGAAGCUGCAAGGAACGUGCCUAACGGUAUUCGGUCUUUGGAGUUGGUUAGCGAGAGUGGAGAAAAAAGCGUUGGGCGAGUGAUGAGUCAGCUAAUAGCAACGUGUGGUCAAAUAUACAAGUUGAAGCUGUGGGGCCCAAUAGUAGAGCUACCGAAAGAGUUCCACUCUUAUUCAAACCUCACCAAGUUACGUUUGUCCGAUUGCGCUCUCAAGGACGACCAAAUUGCCGAACUAGAGAAGCUGCCCAACCUCUUAAAUCUUGCACUCUGGGGCGAUGUUUUUGAGGAAGAUACAAGCAGAGUCAUGGUUUUCACCACUGGAAGCUUUCCUCGUCUCCAGUUUCUCUCUCUUUACUUUCUGUGUAGAAUAACAGAGUGGAGGGUGGAGGAAGGAGCCAUGCCUAGCCUCUCCAAAUUGGUGAUUUAUUAUUGCAAAUUGAGUGCGGUUCCAGACGGGCUGAGACACCUUACUACCCUCAAAGAAUUGGAGAUUUCAGAAAUGCCUGAAUCAUUCUAUAAGAAGAUCGAGGAAGGAGGAGAGGACUUCCAUAAAGUCCAGAACAUUUCCCGAAUAAUCAGGGGGUCCACAAGAGGAUGAGGCCCUCGGUGCCAGCACCAGCGCAUAGGCCGACAAAUGUACAGGCUCUGGUUGAUAAAAUCCCAUGUAUCAAACUCUGCUGCAAAGUUAUCAGAAUGCGCUUGUCAUUGCAAGAAAGAUGAAGGGUUAACAUCAAUCAAGGUCUGUUGGGUGGGCGCUGGGCUAAUACAAGGCUGUUAAGAUGAGGCAGACUAACAUUGGAUGAGUAGUCUGUGAAUUAAUCAAGUUAGCUGACAAGAUGGAUCGAUGGUUCCCCCCGGCCACGAGUUGAGAACCGGAAAAAAUUUCUACUUCAAGUUGUGUGACUGAAUAAAUUGAAACCAAUAUGCGCCUUUGUUGAUUUGUUCUUUCUAUCUUUGUUGGAUUGAUGCAUUUCGUUUGGUGUGUCGUGUGCUUCAAUUUAGACAUGUUCCAUUGUAUUGGUUUAAUGAGCAAGACACUGAGAUGUUGUUGUAAUGAUGUUGCUCCAUUGUUAAAUCCAAACCGGUAUAUGACAGUUUAUUUGUUCUAUUA